AUGGCGAAAGGAGUCAAGUCAGCGGUACCAGCGACGCCGUCGAUCGACGAGCGCUCGGUGAGCUACGACACGGCGAUUGAUUCCUCGGACGCCAAGGAAGAUGAGGAAGACGAUGACUGGGAUGUCAGGACUGUGACGUCCGAGACUUCGGAAGCUGCGGUUGUGUCGGCGGGCCGCAGUGGAGGAUCGAGGUCGAUCACCCGCGACCUCUCCGAAACGUUCAACGACAUGCCGGGCCCCGAGCCCGCCUAUGACGCGGAUGACGGUGCGACCGAGGGUUUCAGAGCCUCGGUGACGAUAGGAGGGGCAACCUCCAAGACUGUUGGCACUCGUCCUCCCCUCAACGGCGAUACCCCGGCGGCCAACAAGGAUCUAGGCCGAUGCCUGGAGCUGAUGAAGACCAAGAGCGAGUGGAUGCAGUUGUUCUCACCGAAGCAGGUCCGCCAGGCCAUCUGGAUGGACCUCGGAGGGGCUUUGGCAACACCGAUCAACUCAACGAGCACUCGGCAGGUCGCUCAGAACACUGUGGGCCUCCUGCGGGCGAUGGGGUGCGAACCUCAGAUCCUCCCGACCGAAGCUGCUCUUGCGAGCUGGACGCCAACCACCGCCGCCAAGGCUCUUACCAAGUGGAGGAAGAAGUUACGUGAGGCCUUUGGGGUGGCAGACCGAGGCUCAACGAAGCUUCGUUCGGCCCCGGGAGCGGUUGACCCCUCCAAGGUCCCGCUACCAGCGACCCCUCGGAAGGCAGCCACGGAUGACGGAGUCUUCGCAGUCAAGGGCGAGGCUUCGCCGUACAUGCAAGACUCGCACAUGGUAACUCCACGAUCUACGGAACAUGAUUCGUCGGACAGCGACGACGACCUCGGGCCCGACUACUACGAAGGGGACCUACCGAGCGAAUGGGCACGUCAGGUGCGCGAGCUAAGCGCGACCUACAACCAGAGAUCAACCCCAAAGCUCGAAAUCGCCACGCAUUUGCCUCUCGCCAACAUCAAGCCGUUCUACGGAACGCGCGACAAGAGCGAGCACUCCAUGCAGUGGCUCCGAACGUUCAUCUAUGAGAUGAAGGGAACGCAUGCACCACCCAACGAGUGGUGUAUGCCGUUCGAACUUAAGCUCAGGGAUGGAGCCCUGCACUGGUGUCGCCAGCUCCCACGCAAGACAAGACGCACGUGGAAGUUGCUGAGCGAGGCGUUCAUCAAGUACUAUUGCUCGAAGUUUUCCCAGUCUGCGAAGGCUCGGUACUACUCGGCCAAGCGGGAAGACAAGGAACACGUUUGUGACUACCUCAACCGGCUUAACGGCUACGCUCGCAACGCCGGUGUGCAAUUUGAAAACGGUGGUCGUGACGCGAAGGACCACGUGGACCACUUCUUGGUCACGUGUGACGACCGAAACUUAGAAGACCGUCUGUGCCACGUCCAGGUCAAGAGCAUCCAUGACCUCGAAGACAUGAUCAACGACAUCCUGCGUCACCGUGACCGCAAAUCUAACCGAGAAUCGUCAUUCCGCCGCUCUCGGAGUCAAGAUGAUGGACGUCGACGCGAUGCGAGGUCGAACGAGGAUUCUCGUGGUGGCUACCGCCGCGAACGACGCUACCACGACGAAGGCCGUCGCGAACGACGUCGCCGUGACCGACGCGAUGGAUCGCCGUACCAGUUCCGAGUCACUUUGGUUGACGCGCUGGCCGAUGUGAUGGCGGAAUGGAACGUCGGAGGCUCGGAUUACUUCGAGGAUGAGCACCAAUACUCGGACGACCAACGCUCGGACGAGGAUUCAGACGCUAAUUACGACUCGGAUGGGUCUACCGGACAUGUCGCUGCUGCUAACGAUGCUGAGCGCAGGGCCGCAGCCGAAGGAACGUUCGCUCGGUCUGAUAACCGACGCUUCAGGAACGGAGGAGGCCCGUCCAACCGUGAACGAGAUGGUCGACGCCAGUAUGGGCCGUGUGCCGCGUGCGGAAGCCCGUCCCACUCGGUGCACUUCUGCUACCGGCUAUGCAAACUGUGCAAACAGGUGCACGACGCUGGGACGUGUGAAGCGCUCCACGAGCUCACCAAGCUCCUGAAGUCCAAGGUCGACAAGAAGGAUCUGUCGCCAGAGCUGCAAAGCCUGUUAGCUGAGCCUGCUGUUGAUGCGGACUAUCUGUUCGCGUUCGCAGGCGAAAGCAAACGGCCGGACGACCUGAAGAACAAUGAACGUGUGAAACCGACGGAAAAUGGAGAGAACCGGGACGCAAGUCUCGUUGCGAUUGGUAUUGAUGAAGAUGAUGAUGAUGAACGUGAUGGACACCCGACCGAGGCUUUGAUCACAAGUCUAGCCCAGAUAAGGGGGCCACCUCGGAACCUCGUUCGGGCGGUGAAAUUACUGCCCGCGAAUGUUAGCGUGAUUUCUGCCAGCUUCGCCAAGCGGCUACGUGUGCGAGAAGUCCGGGACCACGGACGAAGUCUCGAAGUCCGCGGCAUCAACCCAGGGGUGAUCGAGACCCGGCGACGGGCGCUCGUCAAGAUCACCCUCGGGUGGGAGCAGGUCUACGAAUUUGAAAUGUUGAUAAUGGAUCACAGUGCCGGGGUGGAUGUGGUCCUUGGGAUGGACUUCAUGAUCCCGGCUGGAAUCCGGCUGGAUCUAUUUCAUGGCACCGCACGCCUUCCGGACGAGGUCAUGGUACCACUACUAAAGUCGCAGAGUGCUGAAGAUGACGAACCUUACGGCACGCAGCCUUCGUGUGGGCCGAUCGAGGAUUUAUACGUACCCGGUCGCGAGUGGCGAGAGUUUCGACUGCCGCGCCAGCGUCUACCUCGUUCGGAGUACGAUGUGUGGGUACGACGCACGGGCAAGCUCGUGCCGACCGUGACGAGGUUUCGACGGGGGCAGCCGACGUGGAUACGGCUCACCAAUAUUACGACCACAGCGGCACAGUGCGCCAAGCAUGACUCCGUGGUGCUGUGGGUACCGCAUGGUGAACUACCGCGAGAGACCGGCUACGCGAGGUUGGACUCUAACAAGUACAAAGAGUGGCAGGUGUUGGCCUAUUUAACGAGUCGUGAUGAGACUCUGCAAGGACGAGAAUGUCGUCUCUACGAGCAAUGGUUGGCUGAACAGCCGCCUGCGGUCGAGCGCCGAACUUACCCGACGCCGCGAAAGAUCCUGCCGAGGCCACCGGAUGCACCGCCAUGGCCAGAAGGCCGUCAACAAGCUCCGUUGGAUGAUGAGUACUCGUCACCCGAUGUACAUGGCUACGACGACGACCCCAGGGUCAGUGAAGGCUCGGUCGAUGUCGCUCGAGCUGAUACAACCGAUGUGGAUCGUGCUGGUGGGUCGAACGAUGGUUCGGACGACGAGGCCAGCGCGUCGUAUGACUCGGACGUACCCGGAGACUCGCCGCCUAGCCGAGUGGGUUGCCUGCCCGUGAAUCCGAACAGUGGUGCUGAAUCCACCGGCCAGGGAGCGACAUACGCCUCGGUUGAGGCAUCGGAAGCCAGUGAUGAGCUGAGUGAUGGUGACAGCGUGACGAACGACGGUUCGGAGGAUGACCGCGACGUGGUAGCAGUGGCCGAGACAACUACAUGGGACGUCCUGCCAACAGGGACCGCUGUGUCCAGCCUGGAGCAAGGAGAAACGCUGGCUGCGGGCCUAACGACGUUCCUACUGAAGCCGGAGCGUCCACCGCUGACGCCGACUCUGAAUUCCAUGAUUCGGAUGUAA